UCUGGGAAGGCUUGCUGCGACUUCAGUAAAGAGCGGAGAAGAGACUUAGGGCAGACUUCAAGAAGAACUUAACUGCUAAGAGCACCAAAUCCCAGAAGAGGUUCCUUGGGAGAUUUUUCCCGGCUGGAACCAAGGCUGCCCCGAGGGUGUCGAGCUUCGCCGACCGAGGGCGGGGCUGCCCUGAUCUCCCGAUCCCUUCCAGCCUUGGGACACUAGGGGAGCUGCGAUCGCUGCGGGAUUCCCGCCCCCCAAGGACGCUGCAGGGCCUGGGGCGGGGGGGGGGGGGGGGGGGGGGAGGGGGGGGGGGGGGCCGUUGCGAGGGGGGGGGCGGCGGGGAGUGCGAGGAGCGCAGUCGGUGCCGCGAGGCGCGCUCGGCUCUGCCGCUCCAGCUCCCGCAAAGCCUGUUGCUGCCUUCUCCCGGCCGCCGCUUCCCGCCAGGUGCCCAGGGGCCGGCGGCCCGAGGGGUGCGGCGCGCGGGCAGCCCCCCGCCCUCUUGCUCUCCACGCACACAGGUGGACCCGAGCGUCUCCGAGAGCGCGGACGCCGGAGAGCCUCCCGGUGUGCCCCGGACCGCGCGCCAAGACCCCGGGCGCCGAGCGGCGAUGAACGCGACCUUCCUGAACCACAGCGGCCUGGAAGCGGCGGGUGGCUUGGGCGGCGGCGGCGGCGGCGGGGCCGCCGUGGGAAAUCGCAGCCACGGGCUGGGCACGUGGCUGGGCUGCUGCCCCGGGGGCGCGCCGCUGUCCGCCAGUGACGGGGUCCCCGCGGGGCUGGCUCCGGAUGAGCGCAGCCUGUGGGUGUCGCGCGUGGCGCAGAUUGCCGUGCUCUGCGUGUUGUCGCUCACCGUGGUCUUCGGCGUUUUCUUCCUGGGCUGCAACCUGCUCAUCAAGUCGGAGAGCAUGAUUAACUUUCUGAUGCAGGAGCGCCGGCCUUCCAAGGACGUGGGCGCUGCCAUUCUGGGGCUGUACUGAGCGCCGCCUCGGCCCGCCCUCGGCAGCUUGGCUGGAAGAAGACGGAGAAGGGAGCCCAGGACCCUGGUUCCCCCUCCCCGGGCUCUGCCGCCGCCUCUCGGCGGGCAGCGCGAGGGGCAGCGACGUGCCUCCGGGCGCCCGGGCCCGGGCCACUGCGGGACCUUAGGCGGCGGCGCGGGAAGGGACUUCCACACCCGACUCGGUCCUGCGUGCGGUCCAGCGUUGGGGGGUGGGAGGGUAGAGGAUGGGGGUUCUUAACUGUUACUUUGAAAGGAAGUUCUGGGCAGGGUGGGAGAGGUUGUGGGAUGCACUUGGGGCUGAGGUCACCGGCGUGGGAACUUUGUGUGUACGUAGGUGGGGUGGAGUGGGCGCGAGUUCCGAGCAGCGUGCGGGGGGGCGCCGCUGUUGACGAAUCCGAGUCACUGAGCUUGUUGGCUUGAUUUCGCAUUUGAGAAGAAAUCUUGCAAUAAAGCUACAGCCGUCGGGCUCCCCGCGGCUUCCGCCCGCA